UAUCAACAACACGAACACAUGUUAAUUUGUUUUUGGCAGUGAGAUUAGUUGUUUACCAAAAUCUUGGUUAUUUUUAUUCAUGGUCGAAAGCGUGUGAUGAAAAGAGUUGCUGAAAUGGACCAACUUACGUAUCAAACAGCUGUUAAGAAGGCCCAACUGGUCGAGAGGAACCCCCAAUUGCAGUUGGACCCGAUGCGCGUUUCUAUGCACCAGGAGGAAGAUAUCAUAGCCCUGGCCCAGCAGAUCCAAAAUGCCGACAAACAGUUGAAAAACACCACCUGCCAUAAGCUCGGCGUUAUAAUGGAACAGAUCAAGAUGCUUCAGGCCCAGGCCAUGGAUAUACUAAAAGAGUCCAGUCUCAACCAAGAUCUGCACAGCGCGGCCUGCAAUUUCACAAAAAAACCAGGGCAAAUCUACCACCUUUAUCAACGGUCAUCGGGUCAAAAGUAUUUCAGCAUGCUAUCGCCGGAAGAAUGGAAUCUAUCCGUCGAUCAGACAUUUAAGGGCAGCUAUAGGUUGGAAUUCGAUUUGAGCUGGACCCCAGUGAAUAAGAUUAAAGAGCAGGAUGAGAAGCUCAGGUGGACAGAGCAGUGCAUGCAAAAGGCUCUGGAAAGCGGCCGGGGUUCAGCUAUGGCCAUUGACUUUAAUAUAAAUAGUGAUUAAAAUUAUACAUAAAUGAGUUAAUAGAAACAUUUUUGU